CUUCGGCAAACACAUCGCGCGCUAUCGCAUCCUCGCUAAACACGUGCUAAAAUCUUAUCAGUGCUAUCUACUACUGGCUGUUAAUAUACUCAAAAUGAGUUUGCAAAUAGAACUGACUGGUGCAUAAAAUGUCCGCGAUAGUUUUUCAAAUUUCGAAUAGCAGUGGAUUUUCACAAUGGACUUGACGACGCGGAGGGACGAUGUCACAGUGAACCAUGAGUGCCGUGAGGUGAAUGGAAACAUGGGGAUGGCUUCGGAAGUGUCUUCGAGGAAAUCUUCCUCGUUUAGUAUACGGAACCUAGUUGGUAGUGCGGAUGACAGGCCAGCCGGCGGACCCGCGAACGAGUACUACGGUCAAGAUUACCAGAAGUACACAAGCAUGGGGAUAUCUGAGGGUACAAAGGACGACUCCCCGCGGACCACACCAGAGUUACAUCGCUCUGACCAGUCUCCAUCUGAGCGUCUGCCCCCGGGCUCCGCAGACAGCGACGAUGCCGACGACUUCGCCCCAAAGAGGAAACAGAGGCGAUACAGAACAACGUUCACCAGCUUCCAAUUGGAGGAGUUGGAAAAGGCAUUCUCAAGGACGCAUUAUCCUGAUGUCUUUACCAGAGAGGAACUAGCAAUGAAGAUAGGACUUACAGAAGCGAGGAUACAGGUCUGGUUCCAAAAUCGUCGGGCUAAAUGGCGUAAGCAAGAGAAAGUAGGACCACAGGCACACCCUUAUAACCCCUACCUUCCGGGGGGUGGCGCUCCUCCUCAAUCCGUGGUGGCUUCUAUGCCAAAUCCGUUCUCGCAGCUUGGCUUUGGAUUCCGGAAACCUUUCGAUGCGAACGCUCUAGCGUCCUUUCGGUACACAAACAACCCAGUAAUCGGAUCCCAGUAUCUCAGUGCACCACUCUCCAGACCUCCCCUAUUUGCGGCACCUAUGUACACGUCAGCGCCUCCCUUCCAUUCUCUCUUAGCUGGUCUCGCGGCUCCUCCGCGACAGUCACCUGAUCCACCGCCAGUAUCUCCACCCAUAUCCCCGGGAAGCGAGUCGCCUCCGAACCAUCCUCCUGAAGUUGAAAGGAGAAGCUCGAGUAUCGCUGCUUUGAGAAUGGCUGCAAGGGAACACGAACUAAGACUCGAACUGCUAAGACAGAGACAUCACACGGACAUGAUUAGCUGAACUUUAUCAUAUUAUCCAAUGGUUUUAAAUAUUGAGCAAUAGUAGCAAUGACGCGUUUACAUAUAUGAAAUAGUGUAAUUGUAUAGCUACAUAGAUUCAUAAGCUAAUGGAUUGACCAAGGAUCAUAUCACGGACCAAUAAGUAGAAUAAAAUAUAAUCACGAGGACCAGUUUUAGAUAAUCUAUGUAUACGGGUCGUUAAAUAUUUUGAGACAAUAAAAAAAUUGAAAUGGUUUUAUUGAAACUAUAAUUCGACGGAAUUAUCAUUUUAUUUUAAUACAAAUUGACAUUAAAGUGUAUAUUUUUAACACUUAAAUAGUUAAUUGAUUGUGAACCCGUGAACAUGGCACUAACGACUAUGUGGAUAUAUCUCGGGCAUAAGGUUGAAGUUUAAAAUACCUUAAUUUUUUGUUAUUUUAAUAGAAUUCACAAGAUCAGACAAGUUUAAGUAUGAUUAACGAAAUAAUCCGAAUAUUAAAGCCGUGGCGAUAGAAUGUUUAGUGAUAAUAAUAAUGCGUAAUGUUAUUAGUAUUGAUUUAUUUUAUUUAAAAUAUAUUCUAUAAGAAGUUACUGCGUCCGUCCAACAACCUUAACGUUAUUUAUUACAAUGUAAUAUAAAGUUAUACUGUAGAUAUAAGAAUAUAGAGUUAAGAGAUUGUGCAAUAGUAAAUCCAUUUCAUCAUCAUCAAAUAGCCUAAAAAGUUACGUCUUUGUUUGAUAAUGAUAAACUGUUGCCUAAUUUAAAAUCUAUAUUUAAGAGUAUUGUUACACACACAAUAUUAUAUCCGCGAUUUAAUUUCUCCUAAAACACCUGUAUGAGGGAGCGAGCGCGUAAACUCGACAAUACCACUCCCACAUAUUAUGACUGUGCAUGUCAUGAGUUUCAGCGAUAAAUAUAUCCAUGUUGUGAAUUACAAUAAAGACUUAUAAACAAGCACGUACAAAACAAGGAAACUUAUCAUUUUAUAGGAAAGAUACUUUUUAUACUAAAUAAUUAAUUUAAUGGAGAAGGACCUGAGUCCAUCUGUAUUAUGUCUGUUUCCUUUGAACCUCCAUACUUUGAUAAAACAAUUCCGAAUUUAUUUUUCAUCCAUAAAUGUUUUUAAUUUUAUUUUGCACAAUAUCGACAUUAUUCAAUGAAUUAUUUAUUAAUCCUUGACCCCAAACCUGCCCAAAGAUAAUAAAAUUUGCAGAAAGCAGUAAAUGGAAAACUCGAAUCUGAAGCCGGUUUAAUAAAAAAAAAACAUAUAACUUGUCCAAUUAACUGGGUUGAGACGCCUCCUUUAAUCACAAUAAUAUAAUAACGACGAUAGUAACAAUAAGUUGUAUGUCUUUUUGUAAACAAUAAUAAUAUCAAGCUCUUUUAAGUUAUACUUCUUUUGGCGUGUUAGGGAAAUAUUAUCAGAGUAUUAAAAUAUUUAUGAAGCGACAACCAAAUUCAACACCCUUACGUUAAUAGGUCAACUGGUGGGAGGCUCCUUUGCACAGGAUGCCGGCUAGAUUAUCGGUACCACAACGGCGCCUAUUUCUGCCGUGAAGCAGUAAUGUGUAAACAUUACUGUAUUUCGAUCUGAAGGGCUCCGUAGCUAGCUAGUGACAUUAUUUGGCAAAUGAGACUUAACAUCUUAUGUCUCAAGGUGACGAGCGCAAUUGUAGUGUAGUUGCGGCACUGUGUUGUAAUGGGCAGGGCGUAUGUAUCAUUUUCUAGCUACUAUAAUAGGAAAGCUAGCUACUAUACUGAAAACCGCGAUCUCUCGCGUUCCGUGUGAGCGCUCUUCCACUGAGCCAACCGUUCGAGUGACGUAAAGUACAUAAAUCUUGAGAUCCUCAUAAAUGUUUUUGUUAAACUAUCUACAGGAUCUACUUUGCAGUUGAUAACCUGCUUAACUCCAAUAUUUGCAUAUUAGGAAAUUGACAUGAGAUGUCGCUCUUACAAAUUAAUAAACGACGAAUAUUUUCUUAUUGAUUUUGUUUAGUUACGCCAAAGAAGUAUAACUUCUUGCGUCCGUACAAUAAGUACAGAUCUUUUAGAACUUCUCUAGUUUUUAUAAGCAGUAUUAGUGGUCUAAGAAAUGCUGGAACGUUGAACAGAUAAAUGGAAACGGGGCACAGAACGAGCUUUUAAAAAUAUAACGGUCGUAAAUCGUAGUAAAUAUAUUACGCCCAAGGUUUCUUUACCUUUUAAUGUUAUAAGUAGGCUUACAUUAAGAGAGUACAUAUUAUUGUCAAUAGAGAAUAUACAUUGAACUACAUCACUCACAAAAACAACUCGAUGUUAAAAAUAGCGAAGCUACGCCGAUACUUUGAACGGCGGCCAUUUUGGCGCGCUACAUACGUACAAUGACGUCAUAGUUCAUAAAACAAAUAAGAUAAGAGGAUUGGUUGAAAUUUGACAUUUGUCGCCAUUUUUUACUUAAAAUUCACUCUGAGCGUCGCUUAAAUAUAUUUUUUUUUACUCAAAUUCUAUCAGGCUAAAAGUAAUUUCUUGCUCAACCGAAAAAAAGUUAUCAUCAAAAUUAUUGAUAUAAUUAGACUUAAUUCUAAUCUCUAUUAUAUCAACAAUGAAACGACUGCAAAAAAAUACAGUCUUCGUUCUGCACCUGUCAUUUCCAUGUCAUUACCAUCGUUUAUUUUGUUUUCUUUGUGGAAUAUUUUUAUAGCUAUUUUUCACCAAAGAAACUUUCCAUAUAGAUCCAAUUUUCAUUCGUGUGAGAGUUUUGUUUUUAUUUUUGUGAAAUAUCAAGGUAUAUAAAUACCGUGAAUAAAUCUUUGAAACAUU